AUUUGAAUGUCAAAGUUAAAAAACAAACUAUUUUUAAUGAAACAGGCAAAAAUACAUAUUUACUAUAUUUUACGAUAGGAAAUAUAUAAGCAUAGAUAAAAUAACAUGAUAUCCAGUAAAACUGGGUUUUAGUAGUACAAAAACAUUUAUUUGUCAAGAAAGUUAUAUUAACCGAAAAAAAACUAGCUUCCAAGUUCUAGUAAAUUAUAUCUUUUCAGAUCAUGUUAUUUAUAAUACUAUCUUGGAUGUUGUCUCUAAAUAAAUCUAAAUUUGGUUCUUAUUUUUACAGAUAUAAGAAGUAUGUUAAAUGUAAAAUAUAUAUCUAUUUAUUGGUAUGUUUGAGAACAGAUGAAACUGUUCGCUCUAGCCCAGGUUUCUUACCACCAGGAUUCUCAAAACCCUUAGACCUAGGCUUACGGUCAGUUUUGAGCUUGCUUGACGCUGUCCCUUGCAUGUAAUUAUAUCCGGCGCUAUCCGCCUCCUUCCCAGUAAGUCUCUGUAUAGUCCGAUCUGAAAGACACUGGCUUUUCAGAAAAAUGGCGGGAAAGCAGAAUCCUUCAUAUAUGCCAAAUUAUUUCUCAAUUGACGAUAUUUUGGCAACUCAGGAGCGUGUACCGUGUUCUAACCCCCUCGAGCUGAAGGAUCUGGGGUUCCUGGAUCCAGGUUCAGAUGAUAAACAUUUGGCGCAGGGAUCAAAACUUGAGAUUCCGUACUGGAUAGUGGACGGUAUGCGGGCAGGAAAGCUGAAGUACCUGAACAUGUACCUGCCUCGUAGCUAUAAAGAGAUUUACCGUGAGAUUCUGCUUGCUGAUGCUAACGUUGUAGAUCUCCACAAACUAGGCCCUUAUUUUUAUGAGUUUGGUUUGUAUCUGAUAAAACACUCUGUAGAGGAGGGGGACCUCAUCGGAGAAACAAUCAGUUCCACCUUCAGAACCCGGUUUCUCAACAUUCUCAAUGCCGCGCAAAAUUGUAGAGACGAGGAGAAACUCAAGGAGACCGAUAAAAUGGAUGAAUUAGAAAGGAAACUCUUCAAAAUGGGAUACAAAAAAAGAAACGAUAUAGUCGGCUGGAUGAACCGUGAUGUUUAUCAGAUAAAAACAGCCAGUGCUGUUUCCAGUUUCAAGAAGAGAAAAGUUGCAAACAUCAGCUAGCUAAAUCAGCUGAUAAUCAGCUAGCUAAAUCAGCUGAUAAUCAGUUAGCUAAAUCAGCUGAUAAUCAGCUAGCUAAAUCAGCUGAUAAUCAGCUAAAAAUCCGCAAACAUCGCAAGGCGGUCUUCUAAUAACAUGAGAUCAGCUGAUCAUAUGACGUCAGCUGGUUUUAUGUCAGCUGACACCACCAUGUCGGCUGAUAAUCAGUGAACAUAAGAUAUCAGCUGAUUAUAUGAUUAUCAUAAGUUUUCUUAACUGUCUAUUAUCUAUAAACUUUACAGUAGAAAAAAUAUUUAAAUGACACAAUGAAAUGAUGACACCCCCAACCCCUUUUAAUCUUUAAAAAAUGAUUAGAAAAAAUAAUAUGAAAUUUGGCUUUAUGUAAAAUCGAAAAAACGUUGUAUUUUUAGUAUAAAUUAAAUAUUGAAUAGUAAGAUAAAGUACCUGAAUAUUAAACAAUGCGCUUUGAAAAUGUAAAAUUAUAAAAAUAUGAAUUUCUGCAGUUUUCCAGAAAAUGAUGUUGAGACAGAUUCUUAGAAAUCCAAGAUGGCUGACCAAUCCUUUACCAGCGUUCGGUCAGACAGCUGAGUUGGAGAGUUUAA